UCGAUCGCGUAUAAAAGCGAGCGGCGCGGCGUCAUUUCUACAAACGACGUGUGACUGUCGAUAGGGUCGCGCCAAAGAGAGUCUGGAAGAAGAGAUAAUAAUUGAUAAUAUUUGUUUUCCGUUCCACGUCAAGCAGAAUAGUUGACAGUUGGCUCGAAUAGAGACGACAUCGCGUGGAGAAUAGUGUUGUAGAGUCUAAACGACUACGUGAUAGUACGACGAUGGCCCAGUAUAGUUUCAAGGUGUAUCUGGUGAGGGAGGACCCGUGGACCACCUGCACGGAAGUGCGCAGAUUCGGCAUCGAUGCCGACGUCGCGACGAAUUUCGUGUACCUGUACGAGAAACUGCAAACCAUCUUCCCGAAUCUGCGUGGCAAGAGUUUCACCGUCACCUGGAAAGACUCUGAAAAUGAAACCAUUACGAUAUCUACCAACGAGGAAUUGGAGCUUGCAUUAUCAGAAAUGUCCAAGAAUGAUAUCUAUAAACUCCAUGUCUGGCUGCAAUCAGAGCGAGACAUGGAUGACGUCCCGAAAAUGGAAAAGAUCCUGCAUCCCGGUGUAGUAUGCGACGUAUGUGACAAAGAUAUACGUGGCUUCCGCUUCAAGUGCAUACAAUGUCCAGAUUAUGACCUGUGUACCAAUUGUAUGAUACUUGGCAAUCAUGCAGAACAUUAUAUGGUCCGUAUGACGCAGCCGAUCGAGUAUCAAAACCAUCGAUUCGCUCACCACAUGCAGAAAUUCAUGAAGAAGGUACAUCACUGCAUGGAGGACAAGCAUAAAUGCCCAAAGCGAGGUAGCUGUCCAAUAUACUCCGCCACACAUAAAUUUAGUCCUUUUGAUCCGUUUGUUGUAAACCUGGCGAAUUGCACUUAUGCUGCUCCAUCAGAUGGAAAUCGUGAGCGGAAACGGCCUAAGGAACAACACAACAACAGGGAGCCAUCUGCCGAAGCUGCGACCGAGGCGACGGAGGACCCGCAGCAGAAAGCAACCAGACACACUUUCUCACAGUUGCUUAAAAUUGUUGAGGACAACAUCUCCAACAUCUCGCAGUUUCUAGAUCCGCUCGGCAUCAACGUCACCGUGAUGACUGAUAACGAUUCCAACAAGAAAAAGCCUGCUGACAACGCUCAGGCGAAAUCUGACACGCAGAAACCUGGGGCCCGUACGUCUACCUCAGAGGACACUGCUAAAAAGUUUCCCGGCGAGGGAAAGAAACUGCGUGAUGAACAGCCUGUAAAUGCUGCAGCUGGUCCUUCGGCGGAUAAUGCAUCAGUAACAUCACAAAAAGAUUUGGCAGGAACUUCUACUGAACAAGCAGCCGAAGCCGAGGAAUGGACGAUGAUACAACGUGACAAUUCAAGCCGCAACUCCUCAGCAUCUUCUAUCAUCUUGAAUGAAACGAUAUCUCCACAGGCAAUGUCAUCUCCGCCAUCUGCACCCAUGGCAGAACCAGAGAAAGCAGCACCGUCAAGUCAGGGAAUCUACCCAUCCUUACCUGAAGAAGUAAGAAAUCAGUCGUAUCAUCCAAAUCCCAAGAUCCAACGCGCCGUAGAAGCGAUGAUGGCAAUGGGAUUCACUAACGAAGGUUCAUGGCUUACUCAUCUGCUGGUUGCACAAAAUGGUGACAUAGAUAAGGCGCUAGAUGUAAUACAUCCGGUACGUCGUCAUUAGGAAGAAUGGGGUCAAAAUUUUAGCCGAGGAUAUAUGGUAGUAUAUAACAAUAAAAAUUAUGUAUGGUAGUAUAUAAACAAUAAAAAUAACACUUGAUGUAACUUUCGAUAGCUGGUACAAUAGUUUGUAACUAUUAUUAUUCAUUAUAUAAUCACGCUCUGUUGAAUUUAUUUAGCACCUCUAUUAUGAUUUUAAAAUAUGAAAGUAUAUUUUACAUCCUUAUUAAAUUAUAUGACACUUU